AUGGAGAGAAUACUUACCGGAAAGUGUUCUCGAGAAGUCUUGCUUGGAAUACUAGUGUCAUUUUGUUUAUGCUUUGCAUUGCUUUUCCUCCACCAUUCAACUCCAUUGCGUUUCAGCAAUUGGGUUAACAUUUUAGGUAACAGACAUGUUCACAACAUAUUUGAUUCUUGCUCCGGCCGUUACAUUUAUGUCUAUGAUGAUCUUCCUGCCAAAUUCAACUAUGACCUGCUCAGCAACUGCAAGUCACUUAGUUCAGGAACUACUAGUGAUUCUGAUGACAAUAAAAAUAUGUGUCCUUACCUUGUAAAUAUGGGUCUUGGUCCUGAAAUUGAGAGCUCCAGAGGUGUUUUAGCGAACAAGAGUUGGUUUUCCACAAACCCCUACUUGUUAGAAGUCAUAUUCCACAACAGGAUGAAGCAGUAUGAGUGCUUGACAAACAUCUCCACACUAGCUUCAGCAAUUUAUGUACCAUACUACACUGGCCUGGACGCCAGUCUCCAUCUUUGGGAUACUAAUCUAACAGUCAGAGAUGCAUCUGCUAAAGAUCUACUCAAGUGGAUUUCAGGGAAAUCUGAAUGGAAGAGAAUGUGGGGCAGAGACCAUUUCAUGGUGACUGGCAGGACUUCAUGGGAUUUCAGGAGGACUAAUGAUAGCUCGGAAUGGCCAUGGGGCAGUUUUCUCAGGUUCUUGCCAGAGUCGAAGAACAUGAGUAUGCUUUCGGUUGAAGGAAGCUUGUGGAAAAAUGACUUUGCUAUUCCAUACCCCACAAACUUUCAUCCUGCAAAGGAUAGUGAAAUUAUUCAGUGGCAGAACAGAAUGAGAUAUCUGCAAAGGCCUUACUUAUUUGCUUUUGUUGGUGCGCCAAGGCCUGGCCUGGAAAAAUCUAUCAGGGGGAACCUCAUUGAUCAGUGCCGAGCUUCAAGCACUUGCAAGUUUGUACAUUGUGGUUCUAAAGGGGUAAAUUGCAACAACCCGGUUACUGUUAUGAAGGUGUUUCAGAGCUCAGUAUUUUGCUUGCAGCCUCCAGGGGAUUCACACACUAGGAGAUCAGCUUUUGACUCUAUGCUGGCUGGUUGUAUUCCUGUUUUCUUCAAUCCAGGUUCAGCUUAUAACCAAUAUUUAUGGCAUUUACCAGAUAAUCAUAGCACAUAUUCGGUGUUUAUCCCGGCAAAGGAUGUAAAUGAUUUGAAAAAUGUCUCCAUAGAGAAACGUUUGCUUGGUAUUUCAAAGGAGAAGCAAUUGGAAAUGAGAACGAAGGUCAUUAAAUUAAUACCAAAGCUGGUAUAUGCAGAUCCCAGGUCAAGCUUAGUGACUGAAGAUGCAUUUGAUUUUGCUGUUAUGGGAAUUCUUGAGAGAAUAGAAAAUGUUAGGCAGUUGAUUAGAGAGGGAAAAGAUCCUAGUAUUGGUUUCGCAGAUGAAGAUAGUGUAAAAUACACAUUUCCUGAGACACUAGAAUAA